UUUGUGCUCGCAUGUAGGCUGUUCAAUGAUUUGCCUCACACGUAGGAUGUCAGUGAGGCGGCUCUAGUAGAUUGCUUGACUUAUGGAUAGGUUCUUCUUGGUAAUGCUCCUAGCAAAAAAUCUGAUCUUGUCUGAUGCACCGGCCAUUAGAUAGCAUUUAUUAUUAUAUGAAUUCUAACUUAAUCAUGCCGCAUGCAAAUUGAUUGGAAAAUUUUUGUUCGGCUCAAGAAUGGGUGACAAGGCAGAUUGGGGUGAUGUUUUUUGAGGUAUUUGUAUGAUGCAUGCAAAGAAGAGAUAGAAGCUGGGAAUAGGCCGUUGGGAAUUUUCACUACUACCGGUUAGAAGAAUCUUGUAUUCAAGUUUGCAGAAAAAUCUGGUGACAAACGUACCAAAAAAUAAUUGAAGAACAAGAUAGAUGCUUUAAAAAAGGAUUAUAUAUUUUUUAUGGAGUUCAAGAAUCUUACAACUGGACUUGGAUGGGAUGAGGCUAAACCAACUGUGGACUGCUCGGAUGAAUGGUGGGAUGAAAACCUUGCUAGGUGCAAUAAUAAAGAGAAAGCAAUCAAAUGUCCUCAUUUGAAGUUCUGGAAACAAGGCCCAAAGUUUUUUGAUGAUAUGCAUUAUGUGUUUGGCAAGGCACAUGUUAGUGGGUCUUCCGCAUCAUAUCCUGAAGAUAUAUUAUCUGAUAAUGCAAGUGAUGAGGAUGAAAUAGAAAAAAUACAGAUAGAGAACGUUGAGAAGACAAGAAACACAGGAAAAAGGAAACGCAAGGGGGCAUCCACUGGUGCUGAGGAGAAAGAUGAGAAGAGCCCUUUCUUUCGUUUGCAUAAGAGCACUUGUCAGAAGAUAGAAACUGCUGCAGAAAAGAUCUCCACAAGUGUUGAAGCAUCAUCCGCUCCUCCAAUCAACCAUGUUCCUACCAUAGCAAUGACUAUGAAGAUGGUGAAAGAAUGUGGGGUGGAAGAAGGAACUGCUCUAAUGUAUACAGCCACCUCACUUAUUGUGAAGCUAGAUUUUAGGGAGAUUUUUAGCUCUCUAAAAACACUUGAGGGAAGGCUCGAUUUGAUUAUGAGAGAGCAUGAUGGACGGCAGUGAUUUUUUAUUUUCAUAUUUUAAUGUUUUAAUAUUUUCAUGUU